AAAGCAAGACCGCCACCAUCUUUUCGGUCCGGAGGUGAGUCAGCCUUGCACCCUCACGCCCCCUCCGAGUGUUUUCCGCCUGAGCUUGGGACUAGUCGCUACCUAGCCGGCCGUUUUAGGAUGGAGAAGUCGCGGCCGCCGGCGGAGGCUGAGCGACUGAGGGCAGAAGUUUGGAUUCCCUCGGCUCUCCUCCCCCGCUUACCAAGCAUCACUGCUACUUCUAUCGGAGCCCCGAGCCGCCCGCGCCCGCGCCCGGGGAUGUCCGCUGCAGUUUAUCCGCGGGGCAGUCGCCGUCGUGCCGUCCCACCGCGUCCUGCUCUUCGCCGCCGCUGACUUCGGAAAGGGGAGGAAGGACGGACUUCUGGCUGCAAGAAAAAGGGCCUCCUGGUUCUUUGAAUUUUCCAUCUGCCCAUUUAGUCUGUGGAACAACCUUCUGAGUUAUGUCUUCUCAGGACUCUGACCUUCCCCAGAAAGAGCAGGAAAAAAUGACCAAGUUUCAGGAGGCGGUGACGUUCAAGGACGUGGCGGUGGUCUUCACCGUGGAGGAGCUGGGGCUGCUGGAUUCCACCCAGAGGAAGCUGUACCGAGAUGUGAUGUUGGAGAAUUUCAAGAACCUAGUCUCAGUGGGACAUCUUCCCUUCAAGCCAGAGAUGGUUUCUCAGUUGGAAGCAGAAGAAGAGCUUUGGAUGAUGGAAGGGGAAGCCCAAAGAAGUGUGACCAGUGAGGACCCCAUGGCUCUUCCUUCAGGCAGCAAGAAUCAAAAUGAGAUGGAGGCCCUUCAAAAAGUUGCAAUGAAAUACCUUUCCCAUGAAGAACUAUCCUGCUGGCAAAUCUGGAGACAGGUUGCAAGUGAUUUAACCAGGUGUCUUCAGAGAAAGCGUUCCCAGUUACCACAUGGUGAUUCCAUUCAGGUUUCCGAACAUGAAAAUAGUGUCGUGAAUCAUAAAGGAAAUGGCUCUACUUGCACGGCCAAUCAAGAGUUGUCAGUUUCAAGAACCCAAGACACCUGUGGGAACACAUCCCUGCGUGAGUCACAGAAUCAGAGCGGAGGUCCGCAAGUUCAUGGGAAAAAUAACCAGCAUAUGUGUGAAGCCUUCAUGAAGAGAUCGCCCGUCAGUGAUCAUAGUAACCCUGACACAGAACAGAAACCUUAUAAGUUCAACACAUGUGGCAAAAGCACGAGUGACGGCUUCAUUCCUCACGUAGCCCCAGGAGAGGAAUUCCAUCCAUGUCGUGAGUGCGGAAAGGGCGUCGGGUAUAGCUCGGCGCUUCCACGUCAUCAGAACGUUCGCACAAGAGAGAAAUGCUCUAGUCAGAGCUCACAUCUGCAGAUCCAUCAGAGAAUUCACCCAAGAGAGAAACUCAACAAAUGUCGUGGAUCUGAGGCUUGCUUUAGUAAGAGCUCUUUUCAUCAGCUUAACCACAUGGGGGAGAAGGCCUAUAGAUGUGACAGUUGUGGCAAGGGAUUCAGCAGCAGCACAGGCCUUAUCAUUCAUUACAGGACUCACACUGGAGAGAAACCUUAUAAAUGUGAGGAGUGUGGGAAAUGCUUUAGUCAGAGUUCAAACUUUCAGUGCCACCAGAGAGUCCACACUGAAGAAAAACCAUAUAAAUGUGAAGAGUGUGGUAAGGGCUUCGGUUGGAGUGUCAAUCUUCGCGUUCAUCAGAGGGUCCACAGGGGUGAGAAACCCUAUAAGUGUGAGGAGUGUGGGAAAGGCUUCACUCAGGCCGCACACUACCACAUACAUCAGAGGGUCCACACUGGGGAGAAGCCUUACAAAUGCGACGUCUGUGGUAAGGGCUUCAGCCACAAUUCACCAUUAAUAUGCCAUCGGAGAGUCCACACUGGAGAGAAACCGUACAAAUGUGAGGCGUGUGGGAAAGGCUUUACCCGCAAUACAGAUCUUCACAUCCACUUCCGAGUUCACACGGGAGAGAAACCCUACAAGUGUAAGGAGUGUGGGAAGGGCUUCAGUCAGGCUUCUAAUCUUCAGGUCCAUCAGAAUGUCCACACGGGGGAGAAACGAUUCAAAUGUGAAAUAUGCGGGAAGGGCUUCAGUCAGUCAUCAAAGCUUCAGACCCAUCAGAGAGUCCACACUGGAGAGAAGCCAUACAGAUGUGAUGUGUGUGGUAAGGACUUCAGUUACAGUUCCAAUCUGAAACUGCACCAAGUGAUUCACACUGGAGAAAAACCAUAUAAAUGUGAGGAGUGCGGGAAGGGCUUCAGUUGGCGAUCAAAUCUUCAUGCUCAUCAGAGAGUCCACUCUGGAGAGAAACCCUAUAAAUGUGAGGAGUGUGAUAAGAGCUUUAGUCAGGCUAUAGAUUUUCGGGUACAUCAGAGAGUCCAUACUGGAGAGAAACCCUACAAAUGUGGUGUAUGUGGUAAGGGCUUCAGUCAGUCCUCUGGUCUUCAGUCCCAUCAGAGAGUCCACACUGGGGAGAAGCCAUACAAGUGUGACGUCUGUGGAAAGGGUUUUAGGUACAGUUCGCAGUUUAUAUACCAUCAAAGAGGCCACACUGGAGAAAAACCUUAUAAGUGUGAGGAGUGUGGGAAAGGCUUCGGAAGGAGCUUGAACCUUCGCCAUCAUCAGAGGGUCCACACAGGAGAGAAACCCCAUAGGUGUGAGGAGUGUGGUAAGGCCUUCAGUCUCCCCUCAAAUCUUAGGGUCCAUUUGAGUGUCCACAUUAGGGAAAAACUGUUUAAAUGUGAGGAGUGUGGUAAGGGCUUCAGUCAGAGUUCACGUCUUCAGGCCCAUCAGAGAGUCCACACUGGAGAAAAACCAUACAAAUGUGACGUCUGUGGUAAGGACUUCAGUCACCGUUCACGUCUCAUGUACCAUCAGAAAGUCCACGCUGGCAGAAAUCGUUAAAAGUGAAGACUGUGUUAAUGGCUUUGGUCAGGAUGCAUAUUGUGUGUUUGGAGAGUCUGUGCUGG